UUUUCCGUUUCCGGUUUUAUAAGUGGUCCGCCAGAGUUGGCGGGCAGCAGCCCCUGGGUUACUUUGAGUUAGGGUCGGUGCUUUUGGUGUAGAAGACGGGAACCGCCUGUGUGCCGACGUUUCGGAGAAGUGGUCGGGGUUGCGAACAGUCAAGUGGAAGAGAAGGAGGUGACUUGUACAAAGAAAACUGCUCCAGGACCACGAGACUUGGAUGCCCUCUGCAUCUCCCCUGCCCUCUGGUUCCAGUGACUGACAGUAAGGAUAAAUAUUUGGAUUAUGGCAAGAUGAGCUUCCUGUUGCCCAAGCUAACUAGCAAAAAAGAAGUAGACCAAGCAAUAAAAAGUACUGCAGAGAAGGUAUUGGUUCUCCGAUUUGGGAGAGAUGAGGAUCCAGUCUGUCUGCAGCUAGAUGAUAUUCUUUCUAAGACGUGUUCUGACCUGAGUAAAAUGGCUGCUAUAUAUCUGGUAGAUGUGGACCAAACUCCCGUUUACACGCACUAUUUUGACAUCAGUUAUAUUCCAUCUACUGUGUUCUUCUUCAAUGGGCAGCACAUGAAAGUGGAUUAUGGGUCUCCCGAUCACACUAAGUUUGUGGGAAGUUUCAAAACCAAGCAAGACUUCAUAGAUUUGGUUGAAGUAAUUUAUCGAGGAGCAAUGAGGGGAAAGCUUAUUGUCCAAAGUCCUAUUGAUCCCAAGAAUAUUCCCAAAUAUGACCUUCUCUAUCAAGACAUUUAACGCAUUCAUGACUAUCAAAGCUGAAGAAAAAAGCACAUCUUGAAACAGUACCUGAACCCAGCUGUGCCGUUUUCCUGGAGUCCUUCGGACAUGUGUUCAGCAUCCCAGCAGAGAAGAGUGCUGACUUGGGUAGAAAAUACCCCACCCUCAAGUAGAAGACCACGCUGGCACUGCGAUGGGCAGAGAUGCUUAAAUGUCUAUUCCCUGCAAACCCCAGAGCAGUCAAGACCACCGGGGUCAAUUUCCCCAGCGUGAUUUUUUUUUUAAAUUUUUAUUGUGCUUCUCUUUAUUCCUUAAGAUGAUACAGAAUGCUUCUAAACAUUGGCUAGUAUAUUUAUGUUGACUUUGAUAUACAAGUAAAAUAGAAAAUCAUUUCCCGUAAGAGCAGAAGUACUUAUUUUUUUACCCUAAAUGUACCCACACACACACCCUCCCCCUCACCCGUUUCUCCACUCAUGUAUUUAUCUCAUGCUCUCCUGUCUCCAGUCCCUGUUAUCUCGGUUUCUCUUGGAAUAAAUGUUUCUCUACAGAUA